AUGGCCGCCUCUUCUCCACAGCCAGGGCUGUCUCAUCCCCUGCAUAACAUCUUGUUGGAGCUUCACCAACGCCCUUAUCCACACGUCCCCAAUCCACAAGGUUGCAAAAAACGCGCUUCUGUCGCCCUGAUUAUCCGAGUUCGCCCGACCUAUGAUCACUGGCCGACCUCGGCCUCAAUCGGUGACCCAUCCUUGUCGGUGGAGGAUCGACUAGACGAGUUUUUUGCCCAGCCGUGGGUCCAACAUGGUGACCCAGAGGUACUUUUUAUCAAACGCGCGACGCGAGUUGGCGACCGGUGGACUGGGCAUGUCGCGUUGCCCGGCGGAAAACGAGACCCAGAAGAUGAAGAUGAUUGCGCAGCGGCCAUCAGAGAAGCAUCAGAGGAAAUUGGGCUGGACCUGACCACAGAUGACUGUAUUAAUGUGGGGAACCUUCCUGAACGGGUGGUGACGACUAGCUGGGGGUCGCAACCACUGAUGGUUCUUUGUCCCUUUGUCUUUCUCACCACUCGAAGUGAUUCCCCGAACCUCAAGUUACAACCUACCGAGGUGGCAUCGACACAUUGGAUUCCCUUGAAAGCGCUCCUAUCAUCAUCACUCCGCACUGUGGAAUAUGUGGACAUGUCGCAACGAUUUGCUAGACAAGGCGGAUUUCUGACUCGGAUGGCUGUUCGAUCCCUGAUGGGAUUUAUGCAGUUUUCCGCUGUUCGACUGCUUCCCUCUGAAACCCAGCGGUGUACCUCGGUCCCUGGAUUUGUCCCUGACGAAAACAUCCAGCCUUCUUUGAUGCAAAGGGUAAAAUCAUGGUGUCUCAGCAACCAAGCAGACUCAGGUGAGGCGGAUCGUCCACUUUUGCUCUGGGGUCUUACCCUUGGCAUUCUGGCCGAUUUCUUGGAUAUGCUGCCUCCCAAUACGGCUGUGCAGAUGUGGAAGUAUCCGACUUUCACAGUGCCAGACCUCCGGCUGAUUGUGAGUAUUCUGACCUACAAUCUGCGAAAGCGUAAUUUGCAAAAGGUCAAAUCGGGCGUCCGCCCCAGUGACACUGCAUCGGAUGGUGAAACUGCUGCCCUGCCCGUUUCCCCAGAAGCUGCCAGCCAUGACCAUAAUGAAGUCGGAAUUGGUGGAUUAGGGGUAGGACGCUACUAUGGGCCUACUGACCGGGCUGUCGAUGGAACCUCCUACGCUGUGGGUAUCAUGUUACAAGGUUAUUAUGACCGGUUACGAGUGGCGAUCUACGUAUUUCUUGCCUGGCGGAUGGCUCUGGGGUCGGCGGCUGCAUUCGCUGCCUGGCGAUUUCUUCGCCGUCGUUGA